GGCUAUCUCUGAAAAAAGGGACUUCCCAGCAAUGACAUGUACGUCCUAAUGGGAGGACCCCGGAGAGCAGGCAGUAUUAAUACUUAUAGCAGGAUCACGACACAAGGAGAUCAGAGGAGAGACUGUGAGCAGCCCCUCAGCCUGACAUUAAUCCGGAUCAGACACCAUGCAUCAGACCCUCUGUCUCCUGGUUCUCCUGCCCCUGGCUGCACAAGCUUUGCCCUUUGCAUUGUCUGCAGAUCUGUGGAAAACCCGUGAUAUCCCAACUAAUCACAGGGAAGCCAGACACCCAGCCUUGUUAGCUGUGCAAUACCUCAACUACCAGACUGGCUCACCCAACUACCUGAGGACCCUCUACCAGGUCACCAAGGCCAGUGUUAAGGUAAGUAACAGGACUGGGGUGAGUGGGUAGUCUCCCAAUGUGAGGGCAUUGCUGCAUUCUAUCCUCUUAGCUGCAUUCAGAUCAAUAGCUCUGCAACAUAGUAUCCUCCACUCUAUUCACAAAUGGUUCAAAUAUUACCAGAUUAUUACAAACACACACAGGCAAUUUUAUUCUGUCUGAGUCUUUCUAUCACUUUUAAAUGCAAACUGUUAAAAAUGUAAAAUCAUUUCAGAAAUCCUCUGCUUUCUGAUUAGAUUAUCUUCCCAGAAGUAACCCUUCUCAUUUAUGGCGAUUUCUGCAUAGAUUAGCAUUUCUAAUGUCCCUGGAUAUCUUCUAAGACAAUGACGAGAGUAUUACCCUGAAAUAAAACGCAAGAUAUCUGCACAACUAGCCGGUUGCUAUAGCAGUCAUUGCAUAGCUGCCUGGUUGCUAUAGCAAUCUAUCUAUUGAUUUUUCUUUUAGAUUCACAGGCAGUAUUUGGUUUGCAUCGACUGUUUAACCAGAUUGUGUUCUUUUAUGCAUCUGUUUGCAAAAAUAAAGAAUAUUCUUCUACUAAGAAAACAUUCUCCUUUCAGAAAAUAUAUUACUUUAAACUUCUUAAAUCCAACACCCACAGGACAUGUGAAAUCCCCCUGAUGUGCAAUGUGUUCAAUCAGCAUAGUAGUCGACUCUAUGUAUUCUUAUGUAAUUUCAUUUAGAAUGUAAGAUGGGAUAAAGUAAGAUCAGGCAAUUGGGGUUAUUCACUGUAGUGUGAUCUGCCAGUAUUGUCCCAAGGAAUUGUGUAUAUGUAUACAUUAGACCAAACUAGUUGUGCUGAAUGUAUAGCUAUCUUGGGGAAUAGCUCCAGUUUGACUGUUUUGGCCUUAACCCAAACAAUGUGGUAGAUGGUGAUAGUGUUAUUUGUAUUAGUGUCACUUGAGUCACUAAACAGUGAAUUGUAGUGAAUUGAAAACUAAAUUGCAAAAUUCAGACUAAGUCAAAAUAUGGCCAUCUAUCUAACCCCUUAAGGACACAUGACAUGUGCGACAUGUCAUGAUUCCCUUUUAUUCCAGAAGUUUGGUCCUUAAGGGGUUAAACAUAAACUGUGCUUUAUGGUUUUCAAUAAACUACAAUUCACUGUUUAGUAAAUAACCCCUUUGGACUCUCACUGUACACAUGCACAGUUAUUCAAUACAGUCUGAAUACUCUGCGGAUUAGGAAAAUUUGGUUAAAAAAAAAUAAAUCCCCAGAUCUGGAAAUCUGUUUAUUUUAUUUUUUUCUCCAAAGGCUCUGAACAAUUCUGUGUCUGCAAAAAAAUAAAUAUUAAAAAAACAGACACUAACUAGGCUAUAUUAUAGGAUUCUUAUAUUUAUCAAACACCAAAACGUACAGAAUUCGCUCUGACCUAUUUUAUCUGGAGACACUUUAACAAAAGUAAAUUCAUCUCCUCUUUGCAUUCAGAGCUACAGAAAUAUACAAAAACUGGCCGCUGAAGGAGCCAGCAGACAUAUAAUUAAAAAAACAAACUGGCUACAUGGUCCCUCUUAUGGCCUCUCGCCAUAAAUGGUAUUGUGAGCGUUAAUGGAGGGGGUGGGCAACCACUUAAUUAUAAAACCUAAUUUUAUCUUAUUUAUUAUGGGACAUAAGUUUUCAAAGAGUUGGGCUGAUUAAGAGAAACAAGAACAUGAGUAGGGAGAGAUGUAAGGGAGAUAGUGUUAUGGAGAGAUUUGCAACUUGUGGUCAUUAUUCUUGAUUGGAUGAGGAAUCAGUGGGUCUGCAGAAGUGAAAGGAUGAACCACUCCAAACUAGAAAUGUUGUUUAUUGUGGAGUUCAUUCAACCUUUCUUGUCAAGAUAGGGAACAAGAUGAAGUGGAAUAUUUUUGUGUUAAUAUGAGUGGGAAAUUGGUGUGUAUGACCUAUAUUUUUGAGGAGGAGGAGGCAACAGGUUAAAGGUUAAACGAGAAACCAGAGUAAACAUAAAUAAAUAAAUAAAUACCACUGGGGACAUAUGUGGUUUGUUGGGAAUAUUUUAUGUAGUCAGUAGUCAGACAGAGUUUCAGUAAACCUGAGGAAAUGGAACAAGGGGAUCAUUUUUGCUCAGUUUCAGAUAGCGCUGGGACAUCGCUAGAGAUGGCAGAGAGUCAGAUGCUAAAGAAAGAUAUAAGAAUGAGUGAUAGGUAGGAGGAUGUAUCUGUGGGUAUGAGAUAUUUUCCAGGUUAGAAUGUUGCCAGCAAUGAGUAUUGUUACACUUACACUAAUGUUUAUUUGAAGCUUAGCAUACUAAGCUGACUGUAAUUUGUAUUGUGUAAGUUAAUGGUUAGUGCCUUUUAUAGGUGUUGAAGCCCUGAGGUCAAGAUGCCAUUGUGUCAUAAUUCGACGCAUAACCACAUGCUUGUUAGCAAACGUGAACAAAGGCCUGGGUGUUAGUAUAAAUAGAUAACUGAAACAUUAACUGCUCGAAUAUAAAUCAUUUUUGUAUUGUUCGAUUUAUGAUUAAUCCUGUGCCUAGCAUUUUAGUGUAGGCAAUUGUUCUCUGAAUGGCCCAGGUUUAAGGCAACACUGAACAGGUACAAACAGGGUUAGUCUCCAUUACAAACCUUCCACUCACUCAGAAGAAUUGAUCAGGAGUAAGAAGGGUAACUUUGCCAAGGUGCCCUGUUCUUCAUAUAAUUAUUUUAACCCCUUGGUCACAGACCAUAGGUCUCCACGUCUCCAAGGGAUCAUCAUUGAGGAGGGGGCAAGGUGGCCAUCCUCCAGCCCUUAUCUCAUUUAAAGAACAGUGAACCUAUUUAGUGUAUUAUUCAAUGAUGAAGGUGAUUAUCUUAAUGUCAUUCACAGGACUGGUAAGUAUCACAAAAUCACAACAAAUAGGUACUUUUUGAGAAAAUGUUCUACACUAUGGGCAUAUACCUUUGUUUUAAUGUUAUUCAUACAAAAUACUUUAGAGUUUUUUGUUUACAUAUAAUGAGGAUUUUUUUACAUGUGCAUCACUGGCCACCCUUUAAAUACAAUAUAAAAUAUGUGUAGGUACACUAAAUAAGGAAGGGGAAAUAUUAUGAGUUAAAAGACACACAGCAAAAUGGCCAACAUUGCUUGGAUGCUAGGGUGAAAAUGGCCAUUGUCGCAAAGGGGUUAAUCUACAAUCUGUCCCCGUCUCCUGGUGUUCAGUAAUACAUAUAAAGAAGACACAACUACCUCCAUGUUGUUCCAGUAUAAAGGUCACAUUGGCUGCUGCUUUGUUUGACAGGAUUGCCUCCAAAUGUUGAAUUGUAUACUGUAACCCUGAACUACAAGCUUGGCAAUUAUCACAAUGUCAUGACUUAACAGGCCCUUCCAUUCCCACUGACUGAUGUCAGCAACACAUUCUAGACACAGAACUGAUAAGGGCAAAGGAAGGACUCAAAGUUGAUUUACUGCAAAUCCCCCAGGCCUACAGAAAUACAGAAUGGGAGAGACACGAAAAACUCAGCUAUCUGAAAAAUCUGCAGAUACUGGCAAAAUGUAUUGGGCUCUCUCUUCAAUCUUUUUUAAUGAGUCAUGUUACCAAAAUGAUUGCAGGUUGCUAUAACGUUUCGUCUCCCUCCCCAGUUCCCAUAAACAAUCUCUGUGCUUGAUUGACUUUAACUCCGUGUCCGUGUCUUGCAGAGUGUUUGUGUUCUAAAAUAAAUGCGUCACAGGAGUUUCUCAGCUUGUGUAUUUAUUGCAUUAACCUCCAAAGUGUUGGCAUGCAGUGCAUCAAGGGAUGGGGAAAAAAAGGCGAAAAAAUAUUGUACUUCAUAUCAUAAUUUCAGUUUCACGGUUCUAUCCAGUACAUUCCUGACUAUAAAUAGGCUCUCUGUGCAUUGAUACAAAGAGAAGUGCUGUGGACAUCUGCUAUAUUAGAAGAAGCAGAAUCUUUGGCAUGCAUGUCUUAUGAAAGAGAUCUAAUCAAUGCAAUUACUUCUACUGAUGAAAAAUUCCUUGAACAUUAGAAAAAAGACCUAAGGAGAGAAUGAUGUGUCUUUCUGUUUAGAAUUGAAUUGUGGAUACUAGCAAUUUGUACUGGAUGUCUGCAAGAAGUUAUUAUUCAUUAUUCGUCCAAGUAAAAUUCUUGUUGAUCAAUAUCGGAACAAUCCCGAACUUCUGAAUCAAGCUUACCUGUUAGGGUAAAACCACAGGGAAAAUUAUUCCGAAUUGAUUCGUUUGAAGAUAACCAGAAAUGUUAUUCAGAGAAGUGGUACAAACUAUUUUUGCAGAAGUGUAGUAAUUACUAGGUAUUUUAAAUUAUUUAACAUAUUUAUAAAUGAUCUUGCAAUAAGCAUUGAAAGUCAUGUUUCAGUGUUUGCAGACGACACAAAACUCUGUAAAGUAAAACAAUGUGAGCAGGAUAUUACUUCACUGCAGAGGGAUUUAGAUAGUUUCGGGAACUGGGCACUGGCAGAUGAAGAUUUAUGUAGAAUAAUGUAAAAUUAUGCUCUUCGGGAUAAAGAAUGCACACCCUAAAUGGUAGUGAAUUAGGGAAAGCAACAGACGAGAAGGAUUUGGGAAUUGUUAUAGGCAACAAUGUGCAAUGUCAAUCGACAGUGGCUAAGGCCAGUAAGGUUUUGUUAUGUAUAAAUAGGGACAUUAAUUCUCGGGAUGAAAAUAUAAUUUUGCCUCUUUAUAAAUCGUUGUUAAGACCACACCUUGAAUAUGCUGUGCAAUUUUGGGCACCUGUUUUAAAGAAGAAUAUUAUGGCACUAGAAAAAGUGCAGAGGCGGGGUACAAAAUUAAUAAAAGUAACAAAGAAAUGUUAGCAAAUUUGAAUCUCUUUAGUUUGGAAAAAUGGUACCUCAGAGGUGAUAUGAUAGCAUUAUACAAAUAUAUUCGGGGCCAACAGAAACCAUCGUCUGGAAAUCUAUUCAUAAACAAGACUAUACAUAGAACAUGAGGUCACACAUUUAGACUGGAAGAAAGAGAAUUUAGUUUAAGGAAAAGGAAAGGGUUUUUUUACAGUAAGAACAAUAAGGAUGUGAAAUUCUCUGCCUGAAGAGGUGGUUUUAUCAGAGUCUAUACAGAUGUUUAAAAAGCAAUUGGAUAUAUACUUGCAAAAACAUAAUAUUCUGAAAUAUAAUUUUUCAUUACAUCCAUGGAGAUAUCUGAAUAUCAUUCUGGGACAAGAAGGCAUUUUAUUCCAAGUUUGUUUUAAAUUUGGAAGUACUUAAAACAGGGUUUUUUGCCUUCUUUUGGAUCAACAGCAAAAACAGAUGUGAGAAAUGCUGAACUUGAUGGACCCAUGUCUCUUUUCAGCUAUGUAACUAUGUAAUGAGGCGCCCUGAACUUUGCCAGAAAAGUCCGCUAAAAUCAAGGACUACCCAAGUGCAAUUUGGUUUAUGGCCUCACACAUAAAGUUAGUGGAACUCUCUAUCUGUCUCCACUUUACCAUCUUUACAACUUAUCACCUUACUAAAUGUCAAUUAUCUUAAUUAUGGGGUGGUGCCCUCCACCCCUGGCGGCAUGGGAUCCAUGUUUUGGUUUGGUUUGAAAUAACACAAAGUAUGCUAUGAAUUGAUGUUUACAGCUCAGAAAAAAUACAUAUUUAGAUUUUUAUUAAGCAUUUACUGGAGUACACCAAGGAAGAGAGUGGAGUAUUUCGGUUUCACUCUGACCAGCAUUCUAUAUAUAAGUAUUUCUAGAAAGGAACCUGCACUGUAGGGAUACACAACGUGUCCUGGAUCCAUACCAUUACUGAUAUCGGUAUUAAUAACGAAAGCUCUCUAAUAAACGUGCCUCAUGUGAAUAUUCUCUUUUAUGUGAAAUUUCUAUAUGAGCAAACUUUUUACAUGCUGUAAACAACCUUUUUGGCAAAUAAAUAUUUGAAGAAAAAAAUUGAUGGCACUAUGCACUUAGAUAAAUGUUUUAAUUAGUGUAUGCAGAUGUCAGCUGACUGGCAUAGAACCUAAGCCCAUGCAAUAUGUGUAGCAACACUGGGAACAGAAUGGCUCAGUGAUCUCCUCUUAUCAGGGUUCACAUUCACCAACGUAUGACUCCCACUCUUGUCACCCUUCAUUUGGCUGCACAUUGAGUGAGUUUGAAAGGCCUGCAGGUUAAUGCAGACCCACCCAUCCUAACAAUGUUAAAUCCCCCCAUAUCCUCACAGAGAGGGACAACGCACAGGACCCACCCUCCAAACAUUAAACUACAAGCUGUAGCUCAUGAACUGGUAAUUUUUGUGUUCUAAUCUAAAUCCUUCUUUGAAGGAUAUAUUUAUAUAUAGCCACCUUUGCUGUGGACUAAGUGGGUAGGAUGAUGUGCCAGCCCAGUUGAUUGGCCAACUCAGUUCCUGAUCUAGCAGAUUCUUCCUUGGUGGCCAAUAAAAUGCACAUGUUGCUUGAAUGAAAAAAUAUUGUGUGGAGAUAUAUAGUUAAUAUACAGGUGUACAUUUUUCUGGAAGUUGUUACACAAAUUCCACUGGGAUUCAGUGGCGUCACUAAGGUUGGUGUCACCCAUUGCAGUAACUCACGAUGUCACCCCAACCCCCUUAAUAAUGUGGGGGUUUUAUGUUUGUUUUUUACUAAUGGAACUCGUAAAUCAUAACUCCCAAAUAACACUAAAUGUAAUUGCAAUAGUGACAUUAACAACUAGGAAAAUUAAAAUGACCUUUAAAUUACAAUAUCAUAUGAAAAUAAUAGAAUUCGAUCUGUGGGAACAUCGGCAUGAUGCGUCCGAUCCAGAGGUGACACCAUCACAGGACUCAGCCAGGUUAGAGGUUACUAAGUAAAUAUCCUGCCUGGCUGGUGUCGGUGGUGUCACCCAGGGCCGGUCUUAUGUGUUCAGGCGCCUUGUGCAAGCCAGUCUUGUGGCGCCCCCCACCCCCACUCUCGCCGUCUGUUUGGAGGCGGUACAGUGUCAACCUGUCAAAUCCAGCCCUUCUACAAAACCCUGCCCUCCUUCACCUUCGAACAGCUCGCACACCCCAAAGACCGACCCUGGUGUCAUCUUCCCCUCCCCCCCAUGAUGCACACCCUGGUGCACACUCCCGCAUCCACCUUGUAACCACUGCUGAGAGUAGCAAAGGAAUGAAGCUGUAGAGAAUUUUUCAUUUGACAUUAUGCAAAAAAGUUUUAAUGAUGUGCUGUCAGAUGCAUGAUUGCACUAUUGGUGCCUGGACUUUCACUAUAAUGUUCAGAGACUUUUUAUUAUUAUUGGGCCUUUCCCUUUAACUUUCAUUUCCAUAUGAGAACUUUGAAUAAGGUCAACUAUCAGUUGUUGUGAAUAAAUGCUCCCAUAUCAAGCAUAUUUACAUAGUUUUCUGCAGAUACAUUUGAAUGGUUUUAUCACUGCAGAUAUUACUGGCGACAGCAUAUAUCACUAUGCACAGAUUAUAUAACUCCUAAUUGCACAGCUAUCCAGGCAUAUACUACUGAUCUCUUAUCUCAGAAAAUAAAUAUUGUAAAUACUAUUUUUUUUUUUUUUUAUUAGUUUAUGAGGUUCGUUCCCACUGUGUGCCACUACACUAUUCUUUCCCAUAGUAAAAUAAGUGAAUCUUGAAAAGAUAAUUUGCACAUACGUUGUUCCAGUAUAGUAAGGAGAAAAAGAAUGAUAUUUAUCCACAUUUCCCGGCAUUAAAAAUGUAGGUAGGUGGGUGGAGCCAACUAGCUAAUAGAGCGGUCGCAUGCACCCUGAGCACCAAUACAGAAUAGUCCUGAAACACAAAAUUACCCUAUUUGGGUAAGCUGGUUUGCAGUUAAAAAGCACUAACUGGAGCAGGAGGCCAUGAGCAAGCACUCCUGCAAAUCUCGGGGGUUCGAGUGAGAGCCACACCCGGGAGAUCAGCUUCUUACUCACCCAGCCAUCCAGGUCUAAAAUGGCGGAUUAAAUGGCAGAUACACCACGCGGAUCCACAUCGGCCUCAGAGGAGGAAGAUCCAGAACCGAAGGAGCUUCAGCCACAUACCCAAAGUGGCAAAGUAGUUCCUCAGCGGCAGCCCUACCCACAAUUGGCCACAAAAACAGACAUCACCGCGAUGGUGACAAAGAUCAAGGCCUACAUUGCAGUCCUGAAAACAGACCUCAGCACUCUGGUAGGCAGGAUACAAUCCACAGAGGAAAAUGUCAGCAGCCUCGGAGUCAAACAGGACACCACAACAGCUCAGCCCUUACAUGUGCAGAGCUGAGGGCAAAAAUGGGACAGCUGGAAGAUAUUGCAAGACAGCGCAAUUUAAAAACCCAGGGGAUCCCAAAUGCUAUCGAUGCUGGUGAGCUCCCACAGUUCAUCAGGAGACUAAUCUCCACUACUCUAACACCCAAACAGGCUAAAGGAAUGCUACUAGAUGGGAUAUACCGCCUCCCAGGGAGCCUUACAAACAAACCCUCUGGAUCAAGAGAUGUCAUAGUAUGUUUUCGGUCAUGAACUGACUAGGACACAUUUAUGGCACAAGUCAAAGGCCAAUCACCAUUUAUUUUUGAAUAGCAUUCACUGUGCUUCUUUCAAGACUUCAUCAGGUCCACAUUGCAAUGGUGUGCAACAUUAAAGGAGGUGACCUCUCAACUGCGAACAGCAGACAUUCAAUACAGGUGGGGGAACCCACAGGCGCUUGUGGCAGAGAGGAAUGGUAAAAGGCACAGACUUACCUCAGUGUCCAACGCCGAGAGCUUCCUGCAAUCUCUGGGACUGACUGCUAACACUACUUCCAGGCCGAACCCACCUGCCACUAAGUAAAACCUUCCAUGCCUCGGUAUGGCUUAUUUGCUGUACUACUUUAGGGCAGCUCCGCUUAUUAUUCUCUCCCUUGUGACACAUAAUCUUGUGGCUGACACCUGGUGGUAAACGUUCAUGUUUUUAUCUCAUAAUUAUAUCUAGCCCAUUUCUCAUAUUCUAGCUACUUACCUUGACUAAGCUCGUCAUCAUAGUUGACCAUCAAGACCAAUGCCUAGGAUAUGUAAUUGCUUUAUUAUAACUUCUCUCAUUAUCACUCCUACGCAAUGUACAUGGAUUCUAAGCUACAAUAUUAUCAAGGGUUUCUGUGUUGGCAUGUUUGUAUCUGCAUUAUCUCUGCAUGUGGAAAAUGAAGGCCUCAACCUGCUUCCUGAAAACCCAAACAUGUAUUUUAAGCUGUACUUUUAUGGGCCAGAUCCUCUGGAUUUUUAAUGUAAAUGACUGUCUUUUAUGAGACAAUAAUGGAAUAGGAUUUGUUUUAUCACAUAGCAGAGAGCUGCACUGGAACUUUAAACCUCUUCAGUACUGCCAUUGAUGUCAUUGUGUAUCACAGAUAGUGCUACUAAGACAUGCAGUACAAUACAGUUUGUGGUACCCAUAUACAGUGUAGUAUAUGUAGUUCUAUCUAGAUAUACAGGUAGCCUUUAUCACGAUAAAACAUGUUAAAUCAAAAACCUCCAGAAAACUCAAAGUAAUACAUAAAAAAAAGCUUUGCAGGUAUUAACACAAACAAUACAACAAAGAAACAAUAAAUGUACAUUUUGUCAAUGAUUAAUCUCAGCUACGUAUACAUACACCGGUGAGAUUGUGUUUAGAGUCAACUUCAAGAGAGUAGUUUUGAAACAAAAUGGGAAAAACAAAUAUUUUUUUAUUUUUAAUUGUUGUGCAAAGUGUGUGUGUGUGUGUGUGUGUGUGGGGAAUUAAGCCACAAAGCUAAUGGAUCAGCAUAUAUUUAGCUAUCUAUUUAUUUAUUUAAACAGUUUAACCUGGCAGUAGGCUAUCUCAUUGCACAGAUGCUGAAUUCGGGGCAUGCUGGUUUAAAUAUCCAAAUUGAUCACCGUCUGGUUUUCGAAGUGUUGGAAUAUUUGGUUUUACAACCGCUAUUACUCUAGUGUGUACCCAAAUUGGAGGUUUUUUUUAAAGGAACACUAUAGUCACCUAAAUUACUUUAGCUAAAUAAAGCAGUUUUAGUGUAUAGAUCAUUCCCCUGCAAUUUCACUGCUCAAUUCACUGUCAUUUAGGAGUUAAAUCACUUUGUUGCUGUUUAUGCAGCCCUAGCCACACCUCCCCUGGCUAUGAUUGACAGAGCCUGCAUGAAAAAAAAAACUGGUUUCACUUUCAAAUAGAUGUAAUGGUAAUUCUAAAGGAUUAUUUCUAAGGCACCCAGACCACUUCAGCUUAAUGAAGUGGUCUGGGUGCCAGGUCUUUCUAGGGUUAACCCAUUUUUUCAUAAUUAUAGCAGUUUCAGAGAAACUGCUAUAAUUAUGAAUGGGUUAAGCCUUCCCCCUAAUCCUCUAGUGGCUGUCCCAUUGACAGCCACUAGAGGCGCUUGCGUGCUUCUCACUGUGAUUUUCACAGUGAGAGCACGCAAGCGUCCAUAGGAAAGCAUUGAUAAUGCCUGAGAUCGCUGAAUGCGCCACAGCUCUACGCUGCGCGCAUCGUUUCCACGGGUGAUCGGAGGAGGAUCGGAGGAGGAGAGCUCUCCGCCCAGCGCUGGAAAAAGGUAAGUUUUACCCCUUUUCCCCUUUCCAGAGCCGGGGCGGGAGGGGGUCCCUGAGGGUGGGGGCACCCUCAGGGCACUAUAGUGCCAGGAAAACGAGUAUGUUUUCCUGGCACUAUAGUGGUCCUUUAAAUAAUUGUAUCUCAAUCUCUAAAUUGAACUUUAAUCACAUACAGGAGGCUCUUGCAGGGUCUAGCAAGCUAUUAACAUAGCAGGGGAUAAGAAAAUCUUAAUUAAACAGAACUUGCAAUAAAGAAAGCCUACAUAGGGCUCUCUUUACAGGAAGUGUUUAUGGAAGGCUGUGCAAGUCACAUGCAGGGAGGUGUGACUAGGGUUCAUAAACAAAGGGAUGUAACUCCUAAAUGGCAGAGGAUUGAGCAGUGAGGCUGCAGGGGCAUGUUCUAUAAACCAAAACAGCUUCAUUAAGCUAAAGUUGUUCAGGUGACUAUAGUGUCCCUUUAAGGCCAUUUCACCUGAUUAUACAAGUUGGUUGAGAACAAAUAAAUCUGUGCAGCUAGGCCUAAGGAAUUUUCCUUGAUGUGUAAAAAGCACAUAUUUUCAUGAUAUUAGCAUUCCAAUUCAUGUAUAGGAACUUGUGGAAAAAAUAUCCAAACAGUUUUCAUUUACUGCAUGAACUUGGGAAGAGUAACUUUGUAUGCAUCAUUACACCUCAAAGCUUAAAUGGCCACCUGCCAGGUCACUUCCUGAAAGACAAACUGUGAUAAUAGCCAUAAAGAGGGAAAUGUAUAAUUCACAGAUACUAUUUAAAGGGCAUGGCUCAGUGAGGCCCAUUCUGCAGGAUCCGUGUAGUUUUUCUGGGCAGGUGGUAUAUUUCUUUGUGUGUGUUGCAUGCUUGUAAUUUUUUAGGCUAAUGAGAUUUCUUUGUUACUUAAAUUAGCAAUUGCAUAUUUUAUUUCUCUGUACUUGUUCAGGAUUUUUGAAUAAUUAAUGUUUUUGGAAAGUUCUUUUUUUCCUUAAAGCUAACCAUGCUAUUUAUUUAUUGAUUGAUAAAAUAUUUUACUAGGAAGGAUACGUUGGGAUUUCUUUCGUUUUCAAGUAUGUCCUGAGCCCACAAACAUUGCAUUGUUACAAUAGAGUACAAUAUAAUAUUAAAAAUACAAAGUAAUAUUAAAAUACACAUAUAUAGAUUUAACAAAGAACAGGUAGGAAAAUUAGCCAUGAUUGCAAGGGCAUUCUAUAUUGAGGUAUGUCGACAGAGAUCUCUUUAAAGGAUUUUAGACUGGAGGAAGAUUUGAUCAUGUCUGUGAGGUUAUUCCAUAAUUGCAGGAAAAUGAGGAUCGGGCCACUUUAUUUUUGUGGUAGACUAAAUACAGGGCUGGUACUGGAUAUAGAAGGUGCAAACAGUUGGGGAGAGCAUUCUACUUGGGUAGGGUGGGAGCAUCGCAGGAAAGCUCCUAAACACAAGGCUGGAUAGAUGAAUGGUGUGUCUGGAUUGAUACACUGAAGUAAGUUUCCGAAGGUGGGUUUGCAGUGCGGGUGCAUACACUAAAUCCCCAUAUUCAAUAACUGGCAUUAGCAUUUGUUGUACAAUCAGUUUCCUUACCGUAGGGCUUAGGCAAGAUUUGUUUCUGCACAGGGCACCUAGUUCUGGAUAAAGUUUCGGAGAGUUUUUUUUUUUAAUGUGGAGGCCAAAAGAUAGGUUAGGGUCUAGCCACACACAUAGACAUUUGAAAGAACGGACUGUGUUCAGUGUGUUAUUUAAUUUUGUGCAGAUGCAUAGAUGGGAAUUUUGUACUUUAUUUAAUUUAGGUACUGUUCCAAAGGUAAAUAACAUAAAUAAUAAUAAAUGUAAAUAACAUAAUAAUAAUAAUAAAGGUCAUUGUGACAACUUUGUCAGUGUUUAGGAAACGUUUUCUGCGAUCCACUUUUCUCCCUUUGUGAACUGUUCUUGGAGCACAGCCUCAAGCUGUGGUAGAUUUAGUUUGCUAGCGUUGAUUAUGGUUGUAGCGGAACGCCAAUAUACAAUCCACGAAUUCCGCUGGUCCAGAACGAAUCCACAGUCAAGCGCUGAAAACACCAAGGCAAUAUCCCCAACCUCCCAAUAACCGGACGAGACACAGUUUUGGGAGUCAACUGACAAUCCUUUAUUCAGCACGACAAUUUAUACAAGUCCCCAUGCAAGGGGUCUCCUGAGUCCCUUCCCAGGGGCAUUCCCAGAGGGGACUACAUGGGGGACUUACAGUAUAACAUAUUUCUCCCAUCAGGCACUGCUGCACGAGAGGGAUCAUCCUCCCAGAAUGCACCGUUAAGGGGAUUAUCCCCUCGUGCAGCAGAACCGGCAAUUCAUAUAAAAAUACAUAACUUUUAAAAUACAUGGUGGAUUUACACGAAUGGACGUUCGGUAGAUAGCUGGGGUCUGGGCGCAUCAUUCGUGAGAUUGCUGCUCAGAUCCCAGCCAAAUUAACCGAACGCCGCACAGAAAACACAUUUCUUACAAAACCCACAAAAGGAACCGAUUGCUUUGGGUGAACUGGGUCCUGAAACUCCCGAACGUCUGGGAGGCUCAGCGGUGUUCGUGCCGUCGAAUAACUAUUGGUAGUAGUAUGCGUUCGACGACACGAACCCGCUGACGAACAAGGGAUCCAAGAUGGCCGACCGCCGCAUGGUCGGUAGUCGAACGACGGCCACCCAGGAGAGCCUCUAAUAACCGAUUGCAACAAUGUUGCAAUCGGUUAACUAGCGCCACACGCCUCUAAGUGUGUGGGCUAUUAGGGGGUAUCGCGUUCGGUUCACGAACGGCUUUCUAAAGUGCCGUUCGUGAAACGAAAGAAAAUCCCCAUACAAAACCGCCAAUUGCAUUCGGCGGAAACAGUAUUACAGGCAACACGGAAAAUACCUUAACAUCUACAUAUGUGUACAGCGCAUAUCUCGCCCGACCUAGUGGCAACCCUUAAAGGCACAGUCUCUGGUUAUUGUCCAAGUGGCUAGGUUUGCCACAAUGCUCCCCCAGAACCAAGCCGGCAUACACAGCCUGAUCCCAACGGAUCGGCUUGGGGAUGUCCGGGGGAGUGCUCACAGAUCAUUUCUCAAGGUCUGUUUGUCUGGACAACCCGUCGGCAUUACCGUUUUGUUUCCCUGGGCGGUAGUGUAUUGUAAAGUCAAAGGGCUGCAGCGCCAAACUCCAGCGCAGCAGCCUGGCAUUGUCUCCCGCCACACGGUUUAGCCACACCAGCGGGUUGUGAUCUGUGAGCAAAGAAAAGGGUUGCCCAUAGAGAUACGGCUGUAACUUUUUCAGGGCCCACACCACGGCCAGGCAUUCCUUCUCUAUGGCGGCGUAGCUCACUUCUCGGGGUAGCAGCUUCCGACUCAAGUAGGCUACGGGGUGUUCUCCGCCAUCGGCUCCGACCUGGCUCAGUACUGCUCCCAAUCCAAACAUUGAGGCGUCUGUGUGAACAAGAAAACGUUUAGUUGGAUCAGGAGCAGCCAGUACAGGGGCAUUGGUCAGAGCCGUCUUCAGCUGGUUGAAUGCCUGUUCACACUCUGGGGCCCAGACGACCUGCCGGGGCAGGUUUUUCUUCGUCAAAUCAGUCAGGGGUUUGGCCAGGGCACUGUAGUUGGGUACAAAUUUUCUGUAAUACCCUGCGGUACCUAGGAAAGCCAGGACUUGGGUUUUGGUCCUAGGGGUAGGCCACUGGGCUACAGCUUCAAUCUUUGCGGGCUCAGGCUUCUGCUGCCCGCUACCAACCCGGUGUCCUAAGUACUGGACCUCUGCCAUCCCUAUGUGGCAUUUGCUGGGUUUCAAGGUAAGCCCUGCCUCUCGAAUCCGGUCUAUUACUGCCCCUAUGUGUUGUAGGUGUUCUGCCCAGGUCUGACUGUAGAUGGCAAUAUCGUCCAGAUAUGCACACGCAUAGUCCUGGAACCCGUCCAGUAGCCGAUCCACCAUCCGCUGGAAUGUCGCGGGGGCGUUCUUCAUCCCGAAUGGCAUGACUCGAAAUUGGUACAAGCCAAACGGGGUGACAAACGCCGACUUAGGAAUGGCGUCCUCGGCUAGUGGAAUUUGCCAGUAUCCCUUACACAAAUCUAUGGUAGUGAGAUACUGACCCCUGGCCAUCCUAUCAAGCAGUUCGUCUAUCCGAGGCAUCGGGUAGGCGUCCGACACAGUUUUGUCGUUCAACCUCCGGUAGUCCACACAGAACCGGGUGGUACCAUCUUUCUUGGGAACCAGGACUACCGGCGAUGCCCAGGGGCUAUCUGAGUGUUCAAUAACCCCCAACUGCAACAUCUCUUCGAUUUCCUUCCUCAUAUGUUCCCGCACGGAUUCAGGAAUCCGAUAUGGAGUCUGUCGCAUGGGAAGCUGUCCCGGGGUUUCUACUCGGUGGGUGGCUAGUGGAGUGUACCCAGGUAGAUUAGAAAAGGUAGCGCUCUUUGCUGCUAUCAGUUCUCGUACCUGAAUACGCUCUUGAGGACUUAGCCGCUCCCCCAGUUGAACCCCCUGGGAGGGUUCCUUCUGCUCCUCCUGCUCUAACAGAUCGGGAAGGGGCAGGUUCUCCUGAUCUUCGGAGGCGGGCGUGCAAAUAGCUGCCACGUCCUCCGUCCGCUCGUGGUAGGGUUUGAGCAUGUUCACAUGGAGCAUGCGUCUCUUCCCUACUCCGGAGCAUGGGCCGAUCACAUAGGUGGUAUCGCAUCUCUGCUCUACCACCUGGUAUGGGCCCUGCCAGACGGCCUGUAGUUUAUCGGUGCGGACUGGUUUAAGGAUUAGCACCUUCUGCCCCACUUGAAAACUACGGUCUCUGGCCCCUCUGUCAUACCAACGACGCUGUCGUUGUUGGGCGGCCUGGAGGUUGGUGCGCACCGCCUGGGUCAAUUCCUCCAGGCGAUCCCGGAACGCCAGCACGUAGGGUACAAUAGGGGUCCCAUCUGCACUACUCUCUCCCUCCCAAUGCUCCCUAAUGAGAUCCAACGGCCCCCGGACCCUUCUCCCAAACAAUAGUUCAAAGGGGGAAAAACCCGUAGACUCUUGGGGCACCUCUCUGUAUGCGAACAACAGAUGGGGAAGGAAUCGUUCCCAGUCCUUAUGGGUCUCUCCGAAUGUUCGAAGCAUCUGUUUUAGGGUACCGUUGAAUCUCUCACAUAAUCCAUUGGAUUGCGGGUGGUACGCGGAGUUAAUGAUCGGCUUUAUGCCACAUAUCCUCCAUAACUGCUGAGUAACCUCAGCCGUGAAUUGGGUCCCCCUAUCUGAGACCAUUUCCUGUGGGAACCCUACUCGGGAGAAGAUUUUCAUCAAGGCUUCGGCUACGGUCUCCGCGUGGAUAUUAGUUAGGGCAAUCGCCUCGGGGUACCGGGUGGCGUAAUCCACCACGGUCAGGAUAUACCGUUUCCCAGAGGGGCUGGGCUUUGGUAGUGGUCCUACUAUAUCUACUGCUACCCGGCUGAACGGUUCCUCAAUUAUGGGGAGGGGACAUAGUUUUGCCUUAUGGCGAUCCCCCCUUUUGCCUACCCUCUGGCACACAUCACAGGAGGUACAAUAUUGCCUUACGUCUUUGGAAAUCCCGGGCCAAAAGAAUGCGUGCGUUAAGCGAUAUCGGGUCCGGGUCAUCCCUAGAUGGCCGGACAGAGGGAUGUCAUGGGCGAUUCUUAGUAACUCCUGCCUAUAUUUCUGGGGUACUACUAGCUGCUUGGUUUGGAGCGUCACAGAGCUGCCUAUGGCCCGUUCCGCCACCCGGUACAGUAACUUCUUUUCCCAUACGUACCGUUCUCCCUCCCGCCCCACCUGGUCCGUGUCUACCCUAUCUCGGUACACCUGCAGUGUGGGGUCUGUCUGAACCUCAGCUUCAAAUGUGGUCGGGGUGUCCCAAGUCAUGUCGGUCAAGGGGGGGUCAUGGUGUCUUACCUGAGCCUCAGAGUGUGCGGGGAAUGCCGUGGUGCGAGCCUGUUGCCGGGUGGUUACCGGAUGCGCCUCUUGGGAAGGGGCCUGGGGAAGAAACGCAGAAGUCAUCGGGCCCAAGUCAUUCCCCAAAACAACAUCGGCCGGUAGUUUCUUCAUUAUGGCCACCUCUACAACCCCCUCCCCAGCACCCCAGUUCAAAUGCACUUUGGCCGUGGGUAACCGGUACAUAGCUCCCCCUGCUACCCGGACUGCCACUGAUCCGCCAGUGUGGGCCGUAUCUGGAAUUAAAUGGGGGCCACUAAGGUCAAGGUGGCUCCCGAGUCCCGCAGCCCCUGCACUUCUUUCCCUCCCACAAAUACAACUUGGCGGUGAUGCUGCCGGUUGUCCGUGGCUUGCACCGACAUCACCUCGUACAGAACCCCCAAUGGUUCUUCGGUUGAUAGACUUGUCAGCUCCGAGUGGUCCGGUUCGGUGUGGUAGAAAUGGGCCACUGCCCUUGGCGCGGAGUUUUGCCGUACUUGGUUCCACGCCUGCCUGCUCCGAUUCUGGGUGCACUCCCGGGACAUAUGCCCCCACUGCCGGCAGGUAUGGCAUUGUAUGUUGGCCCUGCCAUUGUAGCGUGAUGGCGGUGGGGGGUUUCCUGAUGGUGGCCGGAAUGGAGUAGCGUUGGUGGGUGUGGAGAUGGUUGGGUGGUGUGGUACAGCUGGUCUCAGGGGAGCCCUGUUGGGAAGCCCAUGAUGCCUUCGGGCGUCAAAAUGCUGAUCCGCCAGCCGGGCGGCUUCGGUUAGGGUGAGGGGUUUCCUGUCCCUUACCCAUUCUUGUGCCUCAGGUGACAGUCCGUUAAAAAAUUGUUCCAGCAAGAUGAGCUGGCGCAGUUCCUCCAUUGUGGUAGCUUGGCUCGCCUGAAUCCAUCCUUGCGACGCUUGGUCGAGCUUAUGUGCCCACUCAGCGUGGGAAUCUUUCUCGGGCUUCCUCAAUCCUCGAAAUUUACGCCGGUAUGCCUCCGGGGUUAUGGCAUACCUCUCCAGAAUUGCCCUCUUAACUUUAAAAUAGUCCUUGCUAUUUUCUCUGGGCACAGCGCGAUACGCCUCGGCUGCUCGUCCUGCCAACUUGCCUGCCAGUAGGGGUACCCACAUAGCCUGUUCUAGAUCAUGUAGGUCGCACAACCGCUCAAAAUCCUGCAGGUAUCCGUCAAUCUCGUCUUUCUCCUCGCAGAAUGCUUUAAAUGCCUGGUAAGGUAUUUUCUGCUUCACUGGAGCGCAGAAUGAAUUGGCGAUGGAUUCUGCCCUGGAUGGUGACCUCUGGUGUUGCUGUGCCAUAAUAUAAUCCUGGACGUCCGCCAUCAGUAUAGUUAAGAUGUCCAGGGUUACUGGCUGUGGUACAAAUUCCAGCCGGGUUCUCAGUUCCCUCUGGUACGGUGUUUCCUCUCUGGCAGGUGGGGGUGGACUGCUGUGUGCUUGGUCGCCCUCCAUUAGCUCUGCAAUCAGGGCUGCUUUCGAUUUAUUGCUAGCGCUUUUCCCUCUAGCCUCCAGCAGCUCCUUUAGCGUCUGUCUCUUUAACGCCGUGUAAUCAGUCCCCAUUCACUGAUCGCUUUCGUCUGCUUGUUUCAUACGAAUUGCCUUUCCGUUCGGUAAUUCCUUUCAUUCGAAUGCGCUGUAUUCGGCUGUAGAGUUGGAUCCCGUCGCUUGCCACCAAUUGUAGCGGAACGCCAAUAUAAAAUCCACGAAUUCCGCUGGUCCAGAACGAAUCCACAGUCAAGCGCUGAAAACACCAAGGCAAUAUCCCCAACCUCCCAAUAACCGGACGAGACACAGUUUUGGGAGUCAACUGACAAUCCUUUAUUCAGCACGACAAUUUAUACAAGUCCCCAUGCAAGGGGUCUCCUGAGUCCCUUCCCAGGGGCAUUCCCAGAGGGGACUACAUGGGGGACUUACAGUAUAACAUAUUUCUCCCAUCAGGCACUGCUGCACGAGAGGGAUCAUCCUCCCAGAAUGCACCGUUAAGGGGAUUAUCCCCUCGUGCAGCAGAACCGGCAAUUCAUAUAAAAAUACAUAACUUUUAAAAUACAUGGUGGAUUUACACGAAUGGACGUUCGGUAGAUAGCUGGGGUCUGGGCGCAUCAUUCGUGAGAUUGCUGCUCAGAUCCCAGCCAAAUUAACCGAACGCCGCACAGAAAACACAUUUCUUACAAAACCCACAAAAGGAACCGAUUGCUUUGGGUGAACUGGGUCCUGAAACUCCCGAACGUCUGGGAGGCUCAGCGGUGUUCGUGCCGUCGAAUAACUAUUGGUAGUAGUAUGCGUUCGACGACACGAACCCGCUGACGAACAAGGGAUCCAAGAUGGCCGACCGCCGCAUGGUCGGUAGUCGAACGACGGCCACCCAGGAGAGCCUCUAAUAACCGAUUGCAACAAUGUUGCAAUCGGUUAACUAGCGCCACACGCCUCUAAGUGUGUGGGCUAUUAGGGGGUAUCGCGUUCGGUUCACGAAUGGCUUUCUAAAGUGCCGUUCGUGAAACGAAAGAAAAUCCCCAUACAAAACCGCCAAUUGCAUUCGGCGGAAACAGUAUUACAGGCAACACGGAAAAUACCUUAACAUCUACAUAUGUGUACAGCGCAUAUCUCGCCCGACCUAGUGGCAACCCUUAAAGGCACAGUCUCUGGUUAUUGUCCAAGUGGCUAGGUUUGCCACAAUGGUGCCGUCUGCAUACAUGUGUACAGUACAAUAUGUAAAUUAGGUUACAGUUAGUUAUGCUGGGUGUGGUUGUUUUCAUUAAAAGAACACUCCAACCACCAGAAAGGACUGUUGUGGUUAUGGUGCCAGGAGUGCCACGUCAUUCCACCCCCAGUGUAAGUAGCCAAAACGUUUAAGAACAGCUUGACAACUUACCUGGGCCUCCAUUGCCCACAUGCUCCUGCAGAGAGCGGUGCAGAGACGUGCUCAUUGGCUUAGUGCACUCAGCUGAUUCUAUCAGCCAAUGAGCGAGCACUACAUGGCAGAGCUUAGCUUCGUGGAACUAACAUAAACUCUUUGUUCCAGUGAAGCUGGUGGCAGAUCCCAGGUACAUUGUCACAUUAUUUGCAAAACAUUUGACUACUAGGGUACUCGUGGUACUAGAGGUUCUCCUAGGUUUCAGAAAUAUUUGGGUCUUGAGCUCAAUGGCCCCUCCAUUAUAGGACCACUAUAGUGCCAGGUAAACAUACUGGUUUCCUGGCACUAUAGUGCCCUGAGGGUGCCCCCACCCUCAGGGUCCCCCUCACGCCGGGCUCUGGGGAGAAGAAGGGAUUAAACUUACCUCUUUCUCCAGCGCCGGGCAGGGAACUCUCCUCCUCCUCUCCUCCUCUUCGGCUGAAUGCGCACGCAUUCAGCCAGUCCCUAGGAAAGCAUUCACAAUGCUUUCCUAUGGACGCUGGCGUCUUCUCACUGUGAUUUUCACAGUGAGAAGCGCGGAAGCCCUGUAGCGGCAGUUAAUGAGACAGCCACUAUAGGCUUGAUUAACCCUAAUAUGAACAUAGCAGUUUCUCUGAAACUGCUAUGUUUAUAGAAAAAAGGGUUAACCCUAGCUGGACCAGGCACCCAGACCACUUCAUUAAGCUGAAGUGGUCUGGGUGCCUAUAGUGGUCCUUUAACAGUGAAGUGACAUAUCCCUGCAUUUUCCACUGAUGAACAGCGAGCUGCUAUGCUGUCCAGAAUUUCAAGACAUCAUAGCCAGAAACACGCACAUGUUUAAAAAACAAACAAAAAAAAAACGUUAUUAAAUGCCAUCCUGUCACGCUACCUAUCUAAUAAAGGGAUGUGCAGCAUAGUUCUGUUCCUAAGCACCCCCUCCUGAUUGGGGGACACCACACCCUCCCUCUUAGUAGCCCAACAUAACACUACACUACAGAUCUCUCUUUUUAUAAUAGGCAGCUGCUUUGAGAAGCAGAAGACUGAUGUAAAUUAAAAAUAAAAAGCUAAUGUAUUUCUGCCUCCUCCACCAUCUGUAGACAUCCGUGACCUAAAGUGCCUCAUAUCUGGGGCUUCAUUCCCCCCAAGGACCCCCAUUAGCAAUGCGUGUGCAGAGCACCUUGACAUUUCUUUAAUCUUAUUUACAAUUCUUAUUUAGUUUCCUUAUGGAAUGCUCUCCUGCAGCACAUUCAACUCUCCCAGUCUCUGCAGUACUUAAAGAUAUUCCCUAAACACACUUCUUUAGAGCAGCAUUUCUCAAUCUUUUAUGGGAAAGUACCCCUGCAGGUCUUAAAAGAAAUCCUAAGUGCCUCUGCAUCAAGAAAGUAAUUUAUGUUCAUUUAAAUUCCAAAUGAAAUGUGUAGACACUGAUAUUUAAAUUAAUCCCAUAUUGGAGAACAAGCUUGACUAAAGGUAAUAAAGAAUAUUUUUCAAAUAAAUAUGACAUAAUGUAAAAUGUAAGGAGGAGUGUAUGAACUAAUAAUCACAAAAUGAAGUAUCACUGAUAUGACACACACUGACAAACACACAUUCACUGACCGACAAACACUGACAUAGAAACACACACUCACAGACAGACACACACUCUUUCUUUUAAACACACUCACAACUUAUUAUUUUUAUUAAGUCCACCCAAACCCAUACCUUUCCUUGGUGUCUAGUGUGGCUGCUCUCAUCUUCAUAGUCUGCUCGCUCAUGUGUGGUGAUGUCGGGGCUGGAGUGACUUAUCACCGUAGGGCGUGUGAGGGAGCAGUGCUGGAAGAUCACAGACAGCCGCUCGGGUAAGCAGGUGCCUUCUCUGCCUUAGCGCACAUCCUCCCGCCAUGUCUUUGUGUACCUCCUGCUUUUGGUGCAUGUACCCCCUGAGGUACACUUAAUACAAGUUGAUAAACAUAGAAAUAUAGAAUGUGACGGCAGGUAAGAACCAUUCGGCCCAUCUAGUCUGCCCAAUUUUCAAAAUACUUUUAAUUAGUCCCUGGCCUUAUCUUAAGUCUAGGAUAGACUUAUGCCUAUCCCACGCAUGCUUAAACUCCCUCUCUGUGUUAACCUCUACCACUUCAGCUGGAAGGCUAUUCCAUGCGUCUCAAUAAAGCAAUACUUCCUGAAGUUAUUUUUUAAUUUUUGCCCCUCUAAUUUAAGACUAUGUUCUCUUGUUGUGGUAGUUUUUCUUCUUUUAAAUAUAGUCUCCUCCUUUACUGUGUUGAUUCCCUUUCUGUAUUUGAAUGUUUCUAUCAUAUCCCCCCUGUCUCGUCUUUCCUCCAAGCUAUACAUGUUAAGAUCCUUUAACCUUUCCUGGUAAGUUUUAUCCUGCAAUCCAUGAACCAGUUUAGUAACCCUUCUCUGAACUCUUUCUAAAGUAUUAAUAUCCCUCUGAAGAUACGGUCUCCAGUACUGUGUACAAUACUCUAAGUGAGGUCUCACCAGUGUUCUGUACAAUGGCAUGAACACUUCUACACUCUACUGCUAAUGCCUCUCCCUAUGCAACCAAGCAUUCUGCUAGCAUUUCCCGCGGCUCUGUUACAUUAUCUGCCUACCUUUAAGUCAUCUGAAAUAAUCACCCCUAAAUCCCUUUCUUCAGAUGUUGAGGUUAGUAGGGUAUCAAAUAUUCUAUACUGUGCCCUUGGGGUUUUACUUCCAAGAUGCAUUAUCUUGCACUUAUCCACAUUAAAUGUCAGUUGCCACAGGUCUGACCAUUUUCUAAUUUAUCUAAAUCAUUUGCCAUUUGGCUUAUCCCCCCUGGAACAUCAACCCUGUUAUAUAUCUUAGUAUCAUCAGCAAAAAUACAUACCUUACCAUCAGGACCUUCUGCAAUAUCACUAAUAAAAAUAAUAAAGAGAAUGGGUCUAAGUACAGAUCCCUAAGGUACCCCAUUGGUAAGUAGAACUUGCUUUGAAUAUACUCUGUUGACUACAACCUUCUGUUGCCUGUCACUCAGCCACUGCCUUACCCAUUCAACAAUAUUGGAAUCCAAACUUAAAUAUUGCAGUGUAUUGAUGAGCCUUCUUUGUGGAACAGUGUCAAAAGCCUUACUGAAAUCUAGGUAAGCAAUGUCUACUGCACCUCCCUGAUCGGUUAUUUUAGUUACCCAAUCAAAAAAAUCAAUAAGAUUAGUUUGGCAUGAUCUCCUUGAAGUAAACCCAUGUUGUCUCUGAUCUUGAAAUCCAUGUGUUUUUAGAUGUUCAUCAAUCCUAUCCUUUAACAUGGUUUCCAUCACUUUCCCCAUUACUGAAGUAAGGCUUACUGGCCUAUAGUUGCUCGACUCCUCCCUAUUACCUUUCUUGUGAAUGGGCACAACAUUGGCUAAUUUCCAGGGUUUUAAAGGAAGCUUUCCAGCCCUCCCUUAAUCCCUGUUUCUUUAUAAACUUCCCUCUCAUAUACUGUGCUCCCUCCUACCAAACACCCCCACAUCCUUCAUAUUUCCUCUGUGUAUUUGUCCCUCAUCCUUUGAGAUUUGAACCUCAUUUUGGCAGUUCCCAUUUCACCUACUGUUCCGGUACAUCAAACAUGAAUUAAAUAUUUGUCUUGUUUACACAUUGUCCAGUGUUACAGAAAAUGUUGGCACUAUAUAAAUAAUGGUAAUUGUAAAUUAAUAGGCAGUGCACCACAAAGUUUAGUGAACACAUCUCCAGUUUAGGUAACACAUCUCCAGUUCAAUAUUUUCCUCCCAAAGGAACAAUUACAUUCUAUAACCCUACAACCAUCUGUUCCCGAUGGCUCAUUAAAGGACCACUAUAGUGCCAGGAAAACAUACUCGUUUUCCUGGCACUAUAGUGCCCUGAGGGUGCCCCCACCCUCAGGGUCCCCCUCCCACCCGGCUCUGGAAGGGGAAAGGGGUAAAAACUUAAAUUUUUCCAACGCUGGGCGGGGAGCUAUUCUCCUCCGAUCCUCCUCCGUUCCUCCCCGUCGGCUGAAUGCGCACGCGCGGCAAGAGCUGCGCGCGCAUUCAGCCGAUUGCAUAGGAAAGCAUUCACGAUGCUUUCCUAUGGACGCUGGCGUGCUCUCACUGUGAAAAUUACAGUGAGAAGCACGCAAGCGCCUCUAGCGGCUGUCAUGAGACAGCUGCUAGAGGCUUUGGGGGAAGGCUUAACCCAUUCAUAAACAUAGCAGUUUCUCUGAAACUGCUAUGUUUAUAAAAGAAUGGGUUAAUCCUAGCUGGACCUGGCACCCAGACCACUUCAUUAAGCUGAAGUGGUCUGGGUGCCUAGAGUGGUCCUUUAACCAACAUGGAAUCUCUCCAUAAUGGAAUGACAGCAAGGCUUUAUACAGCUCUUGAAGUGGAAUAAUCAAGGCAUUCCACACUGGCAUAGACAUUAUUUAGUUGCGAGAUUCUGAUGAUAGUAAGAAAUGUAAUUGGUCUUAAAAGGGUUAACCUAGACCUUCAUGAUUGUGUCUUCAUUGACUAGGAUAUCCUAAAAAUCACUCAUUGGCAAAACUACCUUCAUGUACCUGUGAAUUAAAAAUUAAUUAUUAGUCCGCAAGAUGAACUGGAAAAAUGUAGCAAUCAGUUAUGUAUCUAGUUCUGCUAUUGCCUUUUAUUUUGAGAUUCAGAACAUUUGUUUUGAGUACUAGACAAUUCCCACUGUAAUGAACAGUACUGACAGGGCAAGUCUUUUUGAAACGGCUUGUUCUAUUAUACAUUAAUAAAUCAAAGUCCCUAAAGGGAAAUGUAUACUACAUGGCCUAUACUGAAAUGAUUGCUACCCUGCAGCACCAUUUGCAUUAAGUGACCUUGAUCAAUGUAAGCGUCUGUUGUUGUCAAUAAUUAUGUUGGGGCAGGGUUUAUAUAAAAUAAUUCUACAAUAUAGCAUUGAUUAAAGAAAUACUCAAAGCACCAUAAAUACUGCAGCAUUCUGCAUUAGUCAUGGACAGGGGAGAGACACCCAGCAGUACCCAAGGUCAUCUUUAUAUUGAGGAGGUGAGGGGCAAGGCACCGCUGGCACCAUAAACACUACAGUGCAUUGUAGUGGUUAUAGUCAGGGGCGUACCUAGAGCAUUUGGCACCUGGGGCGGGUCCUAUUUUUGGCACCCCCCAUACCCCCCCUCAACUUUAAAUAUAAAAACAACCACAUUUUUUUUUAAUGUAUUUAACACUAAGCAGUGUUUGUGUGUUUGAAUGUAUGCAUGUUUUUGUAUGAGGUAUAUGUGAGUGAAUGUAGCGGUGUGUUUGUAGGUAGUGUUGGCAUUUGAAUGCAAGCAUGCAUUUGUGUGUUGUGUGGUAUUUGAAUGCAGUGGUAUGGUUAUAUAUAAUGGUGGGGUUUGUAUGUAGUGUUGACCUUAAAAUGCAUGAGUGUAUUUGUGUCUAGUGCUGGUGAGAUUUUUAGAUGUCUGCACAUAUACACAUACACACACACAUGCAGAUACAUAUACACACAAACACAGUCACACACAGAUACACAUUGACACACAUGCAGACAUCAUGGCGACUCUAGGAACAAUAUAUAUGGGGGGGCACAUAAGAUACCACAGUCAAAACAGGAGGGUGAGGGGGAGCAGUAAAACUUCUCACUAGGGGAUGGGGUAAUAUGCUGCCAUUGGCUGUCUGAUGCCAGCAUGCUGUGUUCUGCAUGCUGGCAUCUGACUACACAUUUGCAUAUAAUUCACAUUAGCCACCCAGAUUUCUUGUUGUGGGCUGGCUGACACCUCUUAAUUUCAAUCUUUGUUAAGCAGAUAACUCCUCUAUUUGCUACCCUUUGUGGGAUUGCCAUAUUUAAGGACACCAAAUAAGGUGCUAUCUGCUAAACAGCACCCUCAUUUGGUAUCUUAAAAUAUGGAAAUCUCACAUACGGGCACCAAUUCAGGGAAUGAUCUACUAAACAGCUAAAGGGUAAAAAAAAACACCCUUUUCUUAUUUUCAGUUGUUUAGUAGAUAAAUCCCUUAUUUGUUAUCCUUAUGUGGGAUUGCAAUAUUUAAGGACAGGAAAUAAGGGAGCUAUCUACUAAACACAUACACAGAGAUACACACAAUCACAGAUAUACACACACACAAUCACUGACCCACACACAUACAAUCACAGACACACAAUCACAUACACACACAAACAUCACAUACAUACACACAUUUAAUAAUUAAGAGGUCCACCCAGCCUCUCUACCUUGCUCUAGAAGGGCUGGAGUGGAUCAUCAGUCCCUGGUGGUCAGUGGUUGCUGCUGGGAUCUCUGUGCUCUUUCUACACAGGUCCAUCGCACGCCCUGUAAUGAUGUCGAGGCCGCGAUGACAUCAUAUCCUGGCUGCCGGCUCACUGCAGGGCAUAGACCGUCAGACACAGUCAGAUGCACACAGUUCCACACGCAGUCACUCACACACAGUUACAGGCAGACAGUCAAACACGCAGACAAUCACACAGGCAGACAGUCACACAUACACACACAGGCAGACAGACAAACAUACACACAACAGUCACAGACAGUCACACACACAAUCACAGGCAGACAGUCACCCACACACACACAGUCACAGACAGUCACUCACACACACACAGUCACAAUCACUCACACACACACCCACAAUCACAGGCAGACAGUGACACACACACGGUGACACACACACACAGUCACAGACAGUCACACACACAAUUACAGGCAGUCACACAUACACACAACACAAUCACAGACAGUCACACACACACACAAUCAGAGGCAGACAGUCACACACACACAAUCAGUCAGUCAGACAGUCACACACACAGAGUCACACAGACAAUCACAGGCAGACAAUCAAUCACAGGCAGUCACACACACAGUCAAAGACAGUCACAAUCACAGUUACACACAGCACACACUCUCUCACUUACAGUAAGCUUGGGCUGGAGGAGGAGUGGAUUCAGUCCCUCCUGUGCUGUAGUUGGGGAAGCAGGGACUCCUUCCUGCUUCCCCUCUGUGUGCAGCAGUAUGAGGCUGCAUUUAGCUCCUCCCCCACAUCCGACUUGGCUUCUCCCCCAGGCUGAUCUCGCUCCACCCCCAAAUCUCCGUGCAGGUUUCCUGCUCCUGCUCCCAGCCCCUGCGUGUGUGAGCUGUGUCGGCUGCCCGGCGCCCCUGCUGCUAUGGCACUUGGUGCUGCUAUGGCACUUGGUGCAGCCACACAGCUCACUGAACUCCAAGCCUGGCCAGCCCUGAUGGCAUCCGGGGCGGACCGCCUCCCCCGCCCCCCCCGCCCCCCCCCCUUAGUACCCCCCUAUAAUAUAAGGCUCCUUUGAGCGUUGCUUUAAAGGAGCCUUAUAUUAUACAUUUGCCAUACAUAAAGAACAUGUGGUGACCCUGAUACUCUCAGCCUCCCGACCCACCGACCCACAGGCAGAGAGGGAGGCAGGAGAGGACCCAGGGAGCUCUUGCCAGCAGCUCCGCCGGGUUCCUCUCACGAGAUCUGAGCAUGCCGCGGUUACCGCGGCAACGCUCAGAUCUCGCGAGACUGAACUCUAGCCCCGCAGGCUAGAGUUCACUCUCACCACUAGGACCACCAGGGAAGGCAGAAAGGAUCCCCCUGCCUGGCAUAAGGUAACAAGGGAGGGGGGAUAUUAAGUAAUCUGCCCCCACCUCCACCCCCACAAAUCACCCAAACAUACAGCACACACACACAAAUACAGCACACAAACAGCACACACACAUACAGUACACAUACAGCACACACACAUACAGCACACACACACAUACAGCACACAAACAGCACCCACACACAUACAGCACACACACAGCACCCACACACCCACACACACACACAGCACCCACACACAUACAGCAAACAAACAUCACCCACACACACACAGCAUCCUCACACAUACAGCACACAAACAGAACACACAUCACCCACACACACACAUACAGAACCCACACACAUACAGCACCCUCACAAACACACACAGCACACAAACAACACCCUCACACACACACACAGCACACUAUCAGUACCCUCACAAACACAAACAGCACCCUCACACAGCACACUAACAGGACCCUAACAAACACACACACAGCACACUACCAGUACCCUCACACACAAACAGCACCCUCAAACACAGCACCCUCACAAGCGCACACACACACAAACACCCUCACCCACAUAGCACACUACCAGCACCCUCACAAGUGCAAACACACACAAACACCCUCACCCACACAGCAUACACACACACAGCAGUAUAUGUGUGUGUGUGUGUGUAUAUAUAUAAAUAUAAAACAAAAAAUGUGCGUGUGCUUGUGCUUUAGGGUGCACACCCUAAUGCAAUAGGCUGCGCACGCCUAUGCAUACACUACAUUGCGAGCACACAAACACUACAUCCCUUAUACACGCACAGCACCACUUACACACACUACAUUCUAGACAAACACACACUACAUCCCUUAUAUGCACUUUGGAUCUCCUACAAACACAUUGCACUAUCUACACACACACUACAUUCCAGACACCAGAGACAAGUCACAAGCAAACACAGCGCAAAUGUGUCAGUAAAUUUGCUUGUGCUGUGCAGAACAAAUCCAGGGCAUUUUUCUCAUGUGAGAGCUCUUCAGCUGGGCCCUGUAUACGGUUUGCCCUGGAAGAACAUUGAACCAACAUGCUCAUUUUGAGAGGGGGCGUUCUUGUCACUGGGCCUCUGUGAUGAAAAUAAGCUUGGAAUGGAAUGUAGUGUUUGUAGACCAUGUAAUGUGUGUUUGUAGUUUAUAUAUAUAUAUAUAUAUAUAUGUAUAUGUUUAGGGUAUUUAGUCCUAUUGUAAAUCCAGUGUAUGUAUAGUGGAUGCAGUCUAUGUUUGUGUAAGGAAUGCAGUGUGUGAAUUUGAGACAGGAUAGGGAUUGUGUUACGUGGGGUUAAGAAGAAAGCAGUUGUAUGUAUUUAUUAUUUUAUUUCAGGCCAGGGAGGGUAAACACGACAUUUCUUGGUGUUCCAUUGAUACUGGCACACGGCCUUCACUUCCGCCAGGUGCAGGCUCUACUUUCAAGCCUAGGCUGGUAUUGUAGCAUUGUGGUAUCAGCUCAUUGCUGUAGUAACCCAUGGCAAUGUACUGACAGGCCACGGCUUGUGAGAGAGAGGACUCGUGGAGGUGCAGACUGAGAAUCUCCUGAGCUCCCCCUCCUGCAGCAGAAGUGUGCAAUGGUCCAUGGACCAUCAUCUUUGAUCUCCUUUGCCUGCGGCUGUGUGUGUGUGUGUGUGUGUGUGUGUAUGUAUAUAUAUUAAUAUAUACCCCCCAAUGGCAGCCCUGAUGACAAUUUCCACCUCGUUCUGGCAAAUGUGUCCAAACAUUUUACCCAUCUAAUUAAGGUCAAUAACCAUAGUGGUCUGUCAAUGUUUUACAUUUUCACUGCACUAGCAGAAGACAUGGCACAAGUUUCUUAUUCAUUAACCUGUUUGAAAUUGGGAUCAUGCAAGCUAAAAACAGAAUGCUUGAUCAGCUGAUAUGGUAACACCAAUUAGUGUAGCCAACUCCUUAUGCAGGCCAGAUAUAUACUAAUAAAUGUAUUGAUAUAUUUUCAAAUGUUUGUUUCUGGCCUGCAUUUGGUAAUACUAUCUAUAUUUGUCUCAGUGAAAUCCUGAACUAUGUCUUAAUGUUAUAGGGGCCCAGUCGGCUCUUAAAAGGCUGCGGCAACCGACCGUGCCCCUGUUUACUGAGUAUUAUGGGGGGGACGGGCGCAGAUCAUAUACAAUGUGUGUGCAGAGUGUGCAUCUGUGUGUGAGUGUGUGUAUCGGUGUGUGAGUGUAUGUGUCAGUGUGUAUCUGAGUGUAUGUGCAAGUGUGUGUAUCUCAGUGUGUGUAUAUGACAGUGCGUGUAUCUGUAUCAAAGUGUUCAUACAUGUUUGAUGGCUAUGUAGGUGGGAUAUCUGCUGUACCUUCUCCAAAAAAUCCAGUCCUCUGUUACUUGCUCUAUGAUUUGCCAGAUGCACAAUCAUGGAGCAAGUAAAAAAAAUGCCAAUUCUUUUAUUUUUUUUAUUUCUACAAUAUGCACUUUCAUCGCUUCCACAUAGGCAAGAAAGUUAAAACUCAGAUUCAAUGGGAUCAAUAAAAUAUUUAGAUGAAGCAAAAAAAAGUAUGGGAUCCUUGUAUAUGUUAACAGUGAAAUAAUUGAAUCUGUAUGGCAAAAAUGGUACAGCAAUGGGAGGUAAGGUUGUCAGCCACCUUGGUCAGUAUUUUCUUCAAUUUUUAGAGCACAAUAUGGGAAAUAUGGUUGUCUACUUAUGAAAAGCUGUCAUGAAAGUCAGACAAGUGGUGGAUGUGACCUAAAAGCUCUGAUGACUACUCUGCAAUGUAGAAAAGGUGGUAGGGUUUUGCAAAGCUCAUCAUGUCUCUACUGAGUGGUCAGAAGGUUUUGCAUAGUUCAUAUAGGGGUGCUAUAAUCCUAAUAUGAGUAUUAGAAGACAGAUGUACAUAUGUGGUGUUGUUUGUGGGUGCUGUUUGACAUCAUGAUAUCAGUGCUAAAUCAGGCUAUUAUCGACACUGUAUUAGUUAUAUAUGUGUUUGGCGGAUGCUACAUUUGUGGCUGUUAGGUAGUUGCUGGGUGUUCUGAUGGCAUUGGCAUUCCAUGUAAACUGUAAACUGUUAAUAGCUCCCAACUGAUUCCUCUCCUGCAACUGUCAUUUUAGAAAAUUAACAAAACAUACUUCAGUGAAUACUAUUCUACCAAUCUAGAAUCUUCUCUACUCCUACCAUUACCUUUUGUGUCACUGUAAUAACAAUAAUGUAGUUUGUGGUUGAAUGUGAGAGGGUUGCUGGGUAAUUAAGAGUGUUUGCUUAUACACCUAGAGCACCACCUAUUGUAAUUAUAUCCGUCUUCUAUAUCUAUACCUAGUGUGGUGAUAUACUUUCAAAUAGUGCUUGGCGUUGAAGAAAUGUUGCAGCAAAUUACAUAAUGUUAAUUUCCUGUAAGUAGAACGGAUUGUGGAUAAAAUAGGAAAUGUGCUUUCUGUGUGUUUUUAACAGAAAGGGAAUUCCCACUUAACGGCAAUUGUGGCAUCUGUUACAGUAAAUGUUUUUCUUUUCCAAAGAACCUUCUUAAGAAAGGCUUCAUAUACUGAGGAUUGCCUAAUGUUCAGAGUUAUAUAAAGACCCAGUAGCUUUAAAUAUGAAAGAUUGGACAAUAGCAUCAACACGCACACGUUUUUUUGUUUUUUUUUAGUAGCCUCAAGUUGUCCUAUACAAAUUCAGUUUUGCUACACAACACAUGGCAUGACUGAGAACUUUGAGCUGCAUUUGAAACACUUUCCGAAAUUUAUAUCAUGUAUGCAGAAAAAUGUAAUGAAUGCAACACAUUAAACUGAUCAGAAUUUUUCUAAUUUGACUGUUUCGGCGUACAAUUUGGCAUUCCACAGAAAAUUCCCAAUUUAUUGAAGAAACCUGACAGGGAAACCUCUGUUAGGAAAUUUUACAUUUACUAAUUAAGGCGCCAUUUUGUGGAGUAUAAAAUGGAACCUUUAUUUGAUAUAUAUUAUAACGCUUUACAAUGGGUGGACGAACAGACGUAGUUGUAACCAGACAAGUUGGACAAACAGGAACAGAGGGGUUGAGGGCCUGCUCAAUGAGCUUACAAGCUAGAGGGAGUGGGGUAAUGUGACACAAAAGAUAAGGGAAGGAUAGAAAAGUAGGUUGCUAGGAUAGUAUUCAUUGAGGGCUUAGAGUUUUGUUUUGAUCACAGUUGCAGGAGAGGACCUAAUGUGUAUAUAUAUAACCCCUAAUGUAUAUAUAAAUAGAUAUGAAUUAUACCUCUGGAGUUUUAUACUCUGUUUUGAAUACAUUGUACAUUUGCAUUGGUGUAAUUAUACUCAUAUUUCUUUAAGGUAGUUUGAACAGAGAUUUAUCAUCAGUUACUGAUUCCCUAAUGUGUUGUCAUACAUUAUUUUUAUGUAGGUUACCUCUCUUGGAAAUAAAUUAACAAAUUAUAUGGUAAAUAUAUUAGCUAUAUUGUAUCAAAUUCAGAUUGUUAGUCUGAUGAAACAUCAAUUCACUGUGUGAAUGUCAGAUGUUUUGUAUAGGAGAGAGAGAGAGAGACAGAGACAGAGACAGAGAGAGUGUGUGUGUGUGUGUAUUUUUUUUUUUUUUAUAUUAUUUUUUUAAAUGUAUUUAAUUUUUUUUUUCAGUCUGUUCCAGAAGUGGGAAACAAAUACUACAUUACAUUUACAACCAGGGCCCAGAAAAACAAUGUAAGUACCUAACUAUACAAGGAACUCACUAAUGAUGUGUAAUGCAGUGUUUGGUGAAUAAACUGAUUUGGUUUCAUCUUCUAAUAAUUUGUUAGGUUAGGAGUAAAUAUUCCAUUCAUGUCAGUCUGAUCAUCUAAUCUCAUGAUUUUAAAUAGAAAGGUAUAGUCUAAGAAAAGAAAGAAUAACAAAUGAAAUAACACUAUGCCCUUUUAUGUUACAGAUCUCUGUGCUACUAGUAUUGAAGGGACACUCCAAACACCAUAACCACUACAGCCAGCUGUAGUGGUUAUGGUGCUAGGUGUGCUCUGGCUCCAUCACACGGUAAGAUGUUAAACUGUUUUAGCAUGGUUUGGCAACUUACCUUGGACGUUCUUCUAUGUAGCCAGGUAAUGAUCUAGGCAUUGUAAUAAAGUAACAUUUAACGUUUAACAUUUAACUUCAUAUGUAAUUAUGAGUUUGAAAUCCUACGGCUAUAACUAUUUAGAGAAACCGAUUUUUUUUAAAUGUCUUAUUUAUACAAACCAAUUGCUAAACAUAUAGUGAUUUUUUUUUUUUAUUGCAUCUUUUUGCUGCUGUGAAGUUGGUUUACACUGCACACAUUCAGGGAACACGCCAAGCCUCAUAAACACAGUGUGCUCUAGUGGUUAUGGUGUUAGGAGUGCCCUGGCGCAGCACCAUUGCAAGGAGUCAAACCAGUUUAGAAUGGAUUGGCUUCUUGACUGGGCUCUAGAUGGUGCAAUACCCCACCACCGCUCAAUGAGAGCAGGAAGCUCUUUUCACUCAGAAAAGCCUCAUGUUGCUGUUGUUCUAAAACUGUUUGACGCCUUUCAAUGGGGAGGUGCCAGGGAACUCCUGGAACCAUAACCACUACUAUACAGUAGUGGUUAUGUUUCUUGCAGUCUUCUUUUAACAUACCGAACAUUCGGAGCUCCUAAAACAAAGAGGGGAUUUACCAAGGAAGACCUGGCGAUGAGAGAGCCAAGAUCUAAUUUUAUACCAACACAGGUGUCUACUACUCUGCACAUAGGAUGUGUUGCAGUAUGCCAUGUUUGAUUAAGGUAGAACACGUGCCGAUGAUGUAAAUUAGGUGCACCUUUCCUAAAUUACAGCAUGCACAUUGUUCCAGAUUACAGGGUGUUUGGGGGAUUGUACAUUGGCUUUCACUGCACCUGAGUGAAAGCCUGACAGACCUUUUUAUGAUUUGUGUGCAUUUUUACCUGUAUAGGAUGAUAUUAGCUUGUGCUCUGCAACAGUAUACUUUCACCAAGAGAACCCACAUCCCGCCAUAUCUGUGACCUGUUCAGGUAAUGGAAGUAUGAUGCAGGCUCAUGACGACGAUUAUAAUUUCUACAAGAAAAUGAAGCAGCAAACUACCCCUCUUAUUGGAAAGAACAUUCCCGGUAAGAACUACUGAGACACAGAAAUGAAACUAAAGUAUAAAUAAAUCUGUAAACCAUUAUGUUUAAGUAUUGUAGCUGUGUGUGUGUUGUGACUUUCUGUGCGUGACGUAUAAAGCUGACUGUGUGUCGCACUGUAAGUGAUGUGUGUGGCUGCGUGUGGUAGCUGUGAGUGGUACUUGUAGCUGCUAGUGUAACUGUGAGUGAUAUGCUUGGGCCGCUGUGAGUGUUGUGUGUGGCAAUGUGUGAAAUAUGGCAAAUACAUGAGGGAAGAAGUGGAACUACAUUUAGUACAAGAUGGGAAGUGGAACUAACAUUUAGUACAAGAUGCCCCUCAGCCCAGUAUAGCUAGCUGGAGGGGGUGCUGUAGUGAGUUUUUAAAGGCAAUAGUCAGGGGAUAGGGUUUGUAGUGACUCUAGGGGUGGUAGUGGGGGGCUGGGAGCUAUAGUGUAUGUUAGGGAGAGUGGUGGGGUUAGGAGCUAUCUUGGGGGAUAGGGGCUGAAGUGGGGAAUACGGGCUGUAGCAGAGAUAGGGCAUGUAGUGGGGGAAUAGUGUCUGGAGUUGGAGUUAGGGGCUGUAGUGGGGGGUGAGAUGCUCUAGUGCGGUAGAAAUAGAUUAGUGGCUGUGGUUACGGGCUGUAGUGGGGGGUAGAAGUGAAAGUGUUGGAGUUAGAGGAUGUAGUGUGGAGAUAAGGGGUUGUAGUAGGGGGUUAGGGGUGUUAGUGCGAAAUAGGAGCUGUAGUGGGGGGACAGAGGCUGAAGUUGGAGUUUGGGGCAGUAGUAAGGGUUUAGGAGCUGUUAUGGUUUGGGGCAGUAGUGGGGAGCUUGAGGUUGAAGAGGAGGGUUAGGGGAUAUAGUGGGGCAGAUAAGGGGAUGAGGGGAAGAUUAACAUUUUUUUUUUUUAAUUAAACAUAAUAUUAAAUAAUGUUUAUUCCCUCUUCCCUGAGACUUUCAGGAGCAGGAAAUGCAACAUGUCUGCUUCUUCUUGCCAGCUCUAAGAACUGUAUUAGUGCGUUGCCAUGGUAACUCUAAUACAGUAAAAGGAGCAGAGAAUUUGGCCUGGAAGAAAAGGGCCAACUUUUCCCUCCUCCCCGGCGUGUGACCACAGCUAGCACUUGGCUUUUGGGGAAGGAGGACAUAGCGCUUGUAGGGGAGACCUUUUGAUCUCCCUGCUGGCUUGUUCAUCAGUCAGCUCUCCGGCUGCAUUAGGGUCUGUCUAGGCACACUCUGUGCAUGCUCCUAUGCCCCGAGAUAAAGAGGACAUGCUGGAGGAGUAAGUCAAAUCUGGUGAAUAUGCCAGUUUAUUAAAUCCUUCUGAGAUACAGUUCUUCCCAUCACCCUUAACAUUUGUGGCACAUCUUCUCCAGAGUAAUCAGCCCUAAUAUUGUUCCAUCACAAACAUGUCUCCUAAAUGAUAUAAAAACUCCUUGCUAGGGAUACUCCAGUAUCCAAAUACAAAAAUAAAUAAAAAUCAUUGUUUAGUAGAUGUGUCCCCAAUGAAAACAUAUAUGCAUUUAAUUAUGCAUAUUUUUACUGCAGGUAUAUCUAAAAACAGCUUCCAAAAGCUGCUGCUCUCUUGUCUGCAGACUUUCCAAGCCAUCCCCUUUUAACCCAGGCCAGAUUUUCUGCAACUGUCCACUUCAACCAAUAAGUAUCAUUUACAGCCAGUGGGGUGUAAGAAGGUUAAUAUAUAAAAGUUUACAUUUCUCUUGAAAUCGUCGCUUUUUUAAAAUGGAAAAAGAGGUUACACUCCUUACGCAGGAAGCUUUAGGGGUCUGAAGUGUCCCUUUAAUGUUCUAAUGUAAACUCUGUUAUUCCACUAUAUUUAAAAUAGUAAAUUUCUCCCACUGUAGAAAAUUGGAUGGAGGCGCUACUUUUAAACUCCUAACAAACAUUUGGCUUUAUGAGGAUAUAUAAGAAAGUUUGGGAGGUCUGGCUAACCUAUUCAGAGUGUUUAACUUAGUAUUUUUACACAGCUAGCCAUCUUGUCCCGACAUCAUAGAUAUAGACUUUAAAAGUACACUAUAGGCACCCAGACCUCUUUGUUUCAUUGAAAUGUCUGGAUGAUGUGCCUCAGUCCCCUUAACCCUGCAAGUGAAAACAUUUUACAGAGAAACUGUAAUGUUUACAUUGCAGGGUUAAACAACCUCUAAUGGCUGUCUUCCAGCCACCAGAAGCGCUUCCUGGCUUUUCAUGCUUUGCAUAAGGACGUCUAACACCUUUAAAAUCGCAUGCGCAAUAGGUCCGCCAUUGGCGUGACAUCACUGGAGGAGGAAAGCGAUUAAGGCAUGGACCUAAAGUUAGAGACAUGGGCAUACUAUAGCAUUUGGAAUGCAAUUUUGAAUUCCUCAUGCUAUAAUGUUCCUUUGAACAGUCACUAUUUCAUCAACUAUGUUGGGCUUCACAUGUACAUUUCCUUCCAUCUAUAUCUUCUGUUUUCUAGAGGGUUUUUCCCCCAGUUUUGUUUUCUUCUUGCUCAGUCUGUAGAAUUGUUAACGUACUUUGUAUCUGUUACUAUGAACAGUUCUUUGACGCAACUCCAAAAAACUAACCAUCAACAUGAGUUACUUCUAUUUGAUGUAAAAAUACAUUUUAAAAAUGUCUGAUUUGAGCUUGGUUAAAAAAAAAAAAGAAAAUUGUUUUAACCUUGGAAUUGGGAUUUUAAAUUCUGUAACUAUAAAUUCUGUAAGCUGAAUUAGAAGAGAGGAAUUCACUAAAAUGGUAAUUUUAGUACAUUAAAAAGAGAAAUGCAAACUUAUCACUUCUCCAAAAAUUAAGGUUUCAUGAAUAAAUACCAUUGAGUUUAGGAAAAUAAUCAUGUUUGAUGCCCCUGUAGUAAAGUAAUGGUGGGAAUUACAACAUUGGGCCCUGAGCCUGAGGGGGCUUGUGAUCGUUUCCCUGAGAUCUCAAACUGUUUCUUCACCCUAGACUUGUCCCUGGAUUGUCUAUCCCAGAGGUGCAAGGUAUGCGUCAGGUCAGAACGCCACCUGUCCCUACGUUAUGUUGGCUGUGUAUGUCUGGUAGAUUGAUGUAACAAAUGCUUUCAGUAUGAGUCCAUUUAGUCUGUUGUUUCUUGUCCCUGCAGACAGCUUUGGAAAUGUGGAGCCUGAAUUUGUGCCAAUUUUGGAUCUUGCUGAAUUGGGAAGUAGUUAUGUAAUGUGGGACAAAAGCACAGAGAAACUUGAAUACGUUCUGCAACAAAUCAAGAACGUUAAGCAAGUGGUAAGAAGAUGAAUACAAAGUAGAACAUCUAGCAAUGACUCUUGUCUUACUUAUAAUGCCGGGAACGGUGGCAACAUUUUGCAAAGAAAGACUGAAAUGAAACAAUACUGUAAUAUUAUUUAGGAUUUUUUUAUGGUAUAUAAUGCACCUCCAUUAUCUGAUGAUGACGGUCAUAUAGGUUGGAAUUUUGGUAAGGUGCUUGAGUAUAUGCACCUCCUAGAAGGGUGGACGGAGAAAGGCGGUGUUGGUAGGACCGCAAUCCAUGUUAUUCUGCAAAAGACAGUGGUUAAGCAACACAUGUCAAUAACCCCAGUCACUUCAUUUAUUUGGGAGGAUAGUUCAUUUACAACUGUUGAUAGGUCAAAGGCACACGUGCCCUCAUUGCCACCAACCAUUGGAAGACAGGAAGCUGUAUGGAAAGCAGUAGUCCUACAUAAAGAAAAUACUAGGCCUAACUGGUCUUAGGGUGUAUAUGUAACUAUAGAGAACACGUUUACAAUGUGCCCAUCCUUUCCUGGGACACGGGGCAACACAGUGCAGCAAAACAAGGUCCAUCUCAUGGACACUAUGUCAGAUGACACAGUAACAGGAGAUCUAUCACAUAAAAAGGUCCUAAUCAGCCUAUUGUUCCUGUAACAUUUUGUAAUUGUAUAAUUUAUUAUUACAUUUUUCCCUUUUAUAAUAUUGUAUAACGCUGUGGCAUUAGUUGCCGCUAUAUAAAUGUCAAUAAUAAUAAACCAGUGUUGUCAGGCAAUUUUUAUCACAUGACAGAAAAUACAGGGUUUAUGGCAUUAAUGGAUAGCCAGUAACAAACAAACACUUAAAGGAUCUAGACAAUCUAGACAGGGCAAGGGGGUUACUGAUGUAUGUUGCCGCCGUGACAAGAAAUAGGUUUGUAGAAAUAAUUAUUGCCCUCACUUGGUAUGUGAAAAGUACAAUGUUCCGUGGCAUUACUAAUCCAGUGAAUGUGAGAUUUUUUUUCACCUUUACUAUAUUAUCCAAUUAAAAUGAUCAAGAACAUUAUGAUAAAUUAUAUGUUAAUUGUAGUUUAGUAGCAGCAAGUGCUCGAACGUUAGAUGUGUGUACCUCUUUACCUUCAUUAUCAUUUAAAUAUAUGUCUGCAACCUAUAACUUUCUCUAUUCUGGUGGGAAGCUAAGUAACAUUCAUCAAAACCAACUCUAACUAAUUUGUUCUGUUUCUUCCCAGAUCCGAAAGGAUGAUUUAAUCUCAUUCGAUUAUGAUGUCCUUCUGUACGAAACCCCAAAUGAGGUAAGGAUGUAAAACAUUUCUAAAAUGUAAUAAACACUACAGAAAGCAAAUUAAAAGUCAUGAUGGAUUUUAAAUAUCUGCCUAUAUGUAAAUAAACAUAUAUAUAUAUAUUUCUAUUUAGGAAAUGAUAUCCUGCAGCCUGCAUAUCAUUUGGGUUCCGGGGAAACCACCCAAAGUUGAAUACCACUGUUCACACGACUCUGAUGAAAAUGGAUCAGGUAGCACAUCAGAAGAAGGAUCAACUUUCUUGGGAAAUUUCAAAUAAAACAUUAAAUAUGGGUUUAUAAACAAUAAAAAUAAAUUUAAAAAAACUAGAUAAAAGUAUGUGAACAUUAUACUUCUGAUAAUCAGUGUGAAGUUAUAGCCACUAUAGUAAAUGAAUAAGAGAAGGGUAACUCCACCUACUAUUACACGCACUUACUAUGUAAUGUCCAGAUUUACAGGACUCUAGUUCUGUUUCAUUACUAUAUAUAUGUAUACAUAUGCACUGCUUGCUAGAAGCCUAUAUAUCUGGGCGCAAUUCAAAUAGAGCAGACCAUGCCAAGCAUCAUGGUGCCCUUAAAAUAAAUAAAUAAGCAAUGGUGAAAAUGCAAAAGAAAUAUCCCCCUUCCCACGUUUUUUAUUUUUAAUGUCUCAUUUCUUUUAAAAUUUGUGGAACCCAGCAUUAAUUAAUGUUUAUUUUAAAUGUACUACCCACAGCACUUAAAGUGUAUAACGAACCUAGUGCAUCAUGUGAUUUACAUUGUAAAGUGUUUAAUUUAGAAGUUUAUUUUAAUCCUCUUAAUGGCAAAUACAUUUGUAAUGUUUCAAGUUGGUCCAUCUAACUCUAAAGGGUGUAUUUCGUGUACACCCUCGCCUUCCCCGAUGUUUCCAGAAUAUAUCUGGUGCUGGGUUAAAGGUGGAAACUCACAUUGAGAUGCCUUUGGCUGGCUGUGAGUGCUGUAAUUGCAGUCAUACAAGAACUUGACACUACAAAUUAGUCAGUCCUGUUGUAUAGAGUUCACAGAUAUCUGGAAUUAAAAGCACAGUGUGUAGAAAGAUUACUGUUUAGAGCACUUUAUGUAAAUGUAACAGCCAUAUGUGUUUAUUAAAAAAAAAAAGUCUAAUCUAUUUUUUCAUUAAUUUUUACAAAAUAAAGCCACUUGUAGUUGUAAACACUUGUCAAAAAAGUGUAAAAAUAAAAUGUCCACUAUUUUAAUAAAGAUCAGAAUUGCAUACUUUUUCAUUUAUGUAUCUACCAUUAACUUUUCUCAUUUUAAAUGUUCAAAAUCACUUGAAACAGUUCAACAAUCACAG